CAGAGAGAGUAGAACAGAUGCGGACUUGUCUGUAGCAGCGUCGACGUCGGUGCUGGUGAAGAGCUUUCGUUGGAUAAAUGGUGUGUUGUCGCCUACGUACCGUCGCGUCUUGAUGUGUUUGUCCGAACGUAAAAUGAAAAGUGCAAACGUCAAUAUAGUUCUCUAGGCAAGGAUUUUCAUCAGCUAUGAAAUCACCUGAACAGAUUCGUUAUAUUUCCUCAAUUAGCCGCCGUCAAUAGUGUUUAGUUUUCGGUCGCGUGUGGAGUAAAAAGUUGCCUACGUAAUAGCUUUUGCCCGUCGUGUGCCAGCAGAGGGAUUCCCCUCCGACAAACAAACAAAAGCCAACACUAGGAAAAGGGGAAACAAAAGCCUGCUGCUGUUGGUGCUAGAACGCGAUCGGCUAUAAUCAUGGCCGUUGAUAAGACAGCAACCCGCCAGAUGCUGACAAUCACCUUCCUGUGCAUUCUGUGGUACAUCGUGUCCAGCAGCAAUAAUGUCAUCGGCAAGAUGAUCCUCAGCGAAUUCCCGUACCCGAUGACGGUGACCAUGGUUCAGCUGACCAGCAUCACCCUGUACAGUGGACCGUUCUUCAAUCUGUGGGGCGUUCGGAAGUACGUCGAUAUUUCGUGGCGGUACUACUUCAAGUUCAUUGUCCCGCUAGCGCUGGGCAAAUUUCUGGCCUCGGUCACGUCCCACAUCUCCAUCUGGAAGGUUCCGGUAUCCUACGCACAUACGGUGAAAGCCACCAUGCCGCUGUUCACCGUGAUCCUGUCCCGGAUCAUCAUGGGCGAACGGCAAACGAAAGCCGUAUACCUGAGCCUGGUGCCGAUCAUCGUCGGUGUCGGUAUUGCCACCAUGACCGAGCUGUCGUUCGAUACGAUCGGACUGAUCAGUGCCCUGCUGGCGACGAUGGGCUUUUCACUGCAGAAUAUCUUCUCGAAGAAGGUCCUCAAGGAAACCGGUGUCCACCAUCUGCGGCUGUUGCACAUUCUCGGCCGGUUGGCACUGUUCAUGUUUCUGCCCGUUUGGAUCUAUUUCGAUCUGUUCGGUGUGAUUCAGCAUCCAGCCAUCAAAAACGGAGACUACCGGGUGAUCGCACUGCUCUUCACCGACGGUGUCCUCAACUGGUUGCAGAACAUCGUGGCCUUCAGUGUGCUGUCGAUUGUGGCCCCGCUGACCUACGCGGUGGCCAGUGCCAGCAAACGUAUCUUUGUGAUAGCGAUCUCGCUCUUCAUCCUCGGUAAUCCGGUGACGUGGAUGAACAUCUUCGGAAUGAUGCUGGCCAUCAUCGGGGUGCUGUGCUACAAUCGGGCAAAAUACUUCGCACGGUUACAUCCAACGAAGGAUUCGAUUCUACCGUACGCCAGCAACGCCACCAACAACAACAUCAAAUACCAACCGCUGGAGGAUAGCUCACUGUUGGUUGGCAAUGGUCACUACGGUGCCGGUAAAAAUGGUCUCAGCAACGGUGGAACAACAGUGAAUGGCAGUGCGGCGGCUUACUUCCAAAACGGUACUCUCCGUGGAAACAACAACGGCACGAACAAUGCGUCAAAUAUCCUGCUCAGUAACGGAGGUGGAAACGCGAUCACGGGUAACGGCAACAAACUGCUGUUCGUUUAAGGUUGAUCAAUAACUAAUGGACAAAAACGGGAUGGGCUGGGCAACGAGUUAGCUGUCAUAGACAGAAUGAUUAGCUUGUAUUUUUAUGUUUCUUAUUUUUUCGUUCAUGUACAGUUGACUAUAUAGUUAUAGACUAGUUGAUUGAGUAUUUAGAAUAUUUUGCAAAGCUGUGUAUAAACCGUAACGUGGAUAGAGAACAACGACGACAGAAUGGAAAGGAGGACUUGGAACUCCCUCUCUCUUUUUCCAUAGAGCAGAUUUAUUUAUUUACUACCCGUCUUAUUUUAAUUGUCUUUUGCCGACAGAAGCUGCGCGAAACCCGAAAAUUUAAAAAAAAAACAAAAUUCUUGACGAAGCAGUAUUUAUCCGGUGCGUAGGAAUCGGAUCCGACUAGCGGAAUCUACCUAGAGCCAUAGAAAACUAAGCAAGUGUUAACUGAGGUGCUAGUGAAGCUCGAACGGGCUGACAAACGACAAGCUUGACCAGAAAUAGUUGUACACUGGAUUACAGAACAGGAUCAUGCUGGAAACUCACUAAUAAAUGCUGUUUUAUACAAUUACUGAACUAGGA